AUCUUACACCUUUACACCACACCCACAAGCCAAGCACCACAGCUACUUUGAUCUCUGUCUCGGUCUUCUCUGCUAGCAUGCUGUGCACAUAUCUUUAGCUCUAGACUCGAUAUAACAACAAGUUACAGUAUAAUGGAUGAGCUCAACCAUGCACAACCCACACACGUACACCCGUACUCCCAGGACCAGGUCUACUUUACUGAUAACUCUAUGGAUGAGUUCCUCCCUGAGGCUGAGGAGGAGAGCAGUGACAGUGACUUCGGAAUUAGACGCAGGAAACAGCUCACAUUUUCAGUAUCACAUGGCAAGAGACGAAAGUUGCUGUACUUUAUAGUAUUUGCUGUGGCACUGUUGAUGGCAAUAUUUGUGAUUGGUAUCAUCAUCGGACACUUUGCCAUCCCUUAUCACUUUGAAGGAACCACUUCAAAUUCCAGUGGUCCCACUCCAACGUCAGCCCCCUGCACCACACCCCCAUCCGGUGUGACGGAAGAGAUCUGUCAGAACCCUCCUCUCCUUCUCAUCUCAUUGGAUGGAUUUAGGGCCUCCUACUUCGAGCGCAAGCUAACCCCCUUCAUGGACAGUCUAGCUAAAGAGGGUGUGAGGGCUCCCUACAUGAGGAGUGUGUUCCCCACCAAGACUUUCCCCAACCACUACUCCAUUGUUACUGGGUUGUAUCCAGAGUCCCACGGGAUUGUGAGCAAUGCAUUCUAUGACACAAAGCUCCAAGACGUUUUUUACAUCGGCUCUCCUCAUCAGGACUACUCACAAUGGUGGAAAGGAGAACCAAUAUGGGUGACAGCAGGUAAGAAUGGCCUAAAAACAGGAGUGUACUUCUGGCCCGGCUCUGAGGCCAAGAUCCAGGGCCGCAGACCUGACUACUACUACACUUACAACAAGGAGACUAGCUUCGAAGAGAGGAUCCAGACCGUGCUCACAUGGCUCGACCUGCCACAGUCACUCCGACCCCAGCUCAUGCUAGUGUACAUUGAGGAACCUGAUCACUCUGGUCACCAAGGUGGGCCAGACUCUGCUCAAGUCAACAGUGCCCUGGUAACAGUUGACCAGACUAUUGAGGCUCUGUUCCAAGGGCUAGAGGAGAAGGGAAUUAGAGACUGUGUCAACGUGCUCUUUGUGUCAGACCAUGGCAUGGCUGAGUACAACGCAUCACGACUCGUUAAUCUGGCUCAGCAUGUGCCCAGUUCUCUCUCCUCCAAUGUCACCUUCCCAAGCUGCGGCCCUGUGGCUAACCUUGGCACCACUGACAGUGAUGCUCUGCAGGGGGUAUUUGACUCCUUGGUUACCAACAUUAGUGACCUCCCGUUGAGGUUCUACCUCACCCAGACUGUGCCGUACAGACUGCAUGCUGGUCACUAUCAUAGAGAACGCUACGGUUCAGUUCAGUUGCUAGGAGACAUCGGAGGCUUCAUCUGUCCUCCCUCUUGCUACACCCCGUCGAAAGGGGAACAUGGCUAUGAUAACAUUCAUGAAGAAGUGCACGCUAUCUUCCAGGCUCAUGGUCCAGCCUUCAAGAGUGAUUACAGGCCAGAAGCAUUUGACAACAUCCACCUCUACAAUCUCAUGUGUGGGUUGCUAGGGAUACCUCCUGCUCCUAAUAACGGCACAAGAGGUGCUCUCUAUGACUUCCUCACACCCUCACAAGCCUCGCAGCUCCCUCCCACACAGGCCUACCCACCUACCACCCCUGCACUACAUCCAUGGUCCAUCGACAAGUGCCUAUUUCCGACCAAUGAGAGCACGUUUAUCUCCCGCACAUCUUGUGAGGAGUGUGUGUGCAGUAUACCUGGUGAUGGUGUAGGGUGUGAAGGUGUGAACAACAGGAGCGUUGUCAGUGCUGAUAGAGCUCUGGACAUCUCAGAUGCUACUGCGGCCAUAUACAUCUCGAAUCAUCUACCCUGGGGAGCACCCCCCACAGUGGGGGUGGGGCUGGACUCCUGUCUCAUGGUGCAGCAGCACUAUGUCUCUCUCUACAGUCACGAGCUACACUUGCCACUGUGGACCGCCUACAAGCUUACCAGACAGCAAGUACAAGACUUCACUACCUCCCCUUUCACUACCACCUGUGUACGUCGAGACCCUCGCCUUUUGCCUAGCAACUCGGCAAGCUGCACAGAUUACAGCCCUCCACCUUCCUUCAAUGUUGAAGUCGCCAACAUCACAUACAGUCAAACCACCCUCCGUCCUAUCAGGAUGGCCGCUGGUCUUAGCACAGUGGAGAUAGAAGAGCUCACCACUUCACUAUUAAGUAAUAUCUUGCCCCAAAGUGCAAAGUUCAACACAGAUGUGUGGAAGCCUCUUAUCUCCCGGCUGUCCAACUGGGCGAAGCUUCACAGCACCAUUCACAUCAUACUGGGCGUAGUGUUGGACUCAAACCAUGACGGUUUUCGAGACCCUGAGGGCGAGUAUCAAUGGUGGACUAAUGGGACUAGGAGUUUGGCAGUACCAACACAGUUUUACGCCAUAGCUGUGCGUUGUCUCGACGAUGGUUUGGAGCCGUACAUGUGUGGGUACGAGCAACUGGACACUAUUGGGUUCUUGUUUGAACAUCCUCUGGCCCCUGGGGGCUCGUCAGACCUGACCACUAAGCUGACCCUGGCACUUACUCCACUGAGAGACAUUGAGAGAAUAGCUGGUGUCAACUUCUUUCCCUCUCUCUCAGUACAAGAUCAAAACAUGCUUGAGCUUAGAAUUGUUAAUAGCCUCUGGCAUGACAUAUCCAUCUGACAGGUUCAUAAGAUGCAUAAAUUUUUUAUACCAACAAAACUUGAAGCUAUAAUUAUAUAUGCAAUGUUGACAAUAACAAUAACAAUAAAUUAUAAUUAUGCAUGAUUGAA